AAGAGCUCCCCAUCAAACAUCGUACAGAACCAGAAGUACAGGAUCCUCACGUCCGGACCGAUCGUGCAGUACGAUCAGUUCACGCUCUUCAAUGUUUACUUCCCCCUCGUCACGCCCUCCCAACUUACCACCGUACUCAAGAUUGGCUUAAUCUUCACUUACAUCAAUCCCCUCGCCUUCGUCCUCUGCGUCACCAUGGGAAAGGAAGCUUAUGACGACUACAAGCGCAACCCCCGAGACCGUAAGGCCUACCCGUCAUCAACCACUCGCUCGCAACUGGCUUCGUGCAGACCUUCAAAGAGCUCCUCG